AUGCCAAGGGAAACUACAUCAGUACAGAAUGCAAGCCCACCAGAGCUCAAUGUUACACUUCCAUUGAUGAGUGAUCUUCCUGAAACCUCUUUUACUUGGAACGAUGUUGAACUUCUUGUUGAUAUUCUUUUACUAACAGUGGAGGACUGUGAGUUCUUAAGUUGCUUUGCCUACCUGAGGGAACCCUUUAAGAGUUACCACAUCAGUACUGGCCCUGUGUACUUUGGGUGCAUGGGUGAUGAUCAAGGAAAGAAAAUGAAAAUUGUAUUGAUGAGGUGCUGCAAAGUUCCUGGUGUUCCUGGGGGUUCUUUGUCUGUUUCAAAAGAUGCCAUCUUGCUACUGAGACCCAAGGCUAUUUUUUCUGUUGGUGCCUGCAGUGGUUUGAACAACAAAAAGGUCAAGUUAGGAGAUGUGGUUGUUUCAGCAAAGCUGAUAACAGCUGCGCACAAAACUCCCCCUAGUAGAGAUAUUGGUAAGCUGAUCAAACAUGUGGCUGAUGGGUGGAAGGCACCUUUACAAAAUGCUGAUGAAUAUAAUGCCAAAGUGCACUGUGAUGGAGUGGUUCUGAGUAUCUUGGAGGCAAACAGAGAUAUGAUUAGGAAACACCCUGAGGCAAUUGCAGUUGAAAUGGAAGGUGGAGGUGAGAAUUAUAAUAAUUCAAAUAAUUGAUGAGUCAAGGACUUUAGCAUUUGAAGCAAGAGUUUUGAAAAAGACUGCCCUGGUAUUGUCUCUGCUGGUCCAAGAAAUAGCAUAUACCAUAAUUAUAGCAUGCGAAAUUUGUGGAAAUUAUAUCUUGCAUAAUAAUAGUAGUUUUGUGUUUGACUGGGGUUGAAUAUUGUUUAGCAGGUGGAGGUGACUGAGACUUCUUCUGUCUUCUAAAUUGAAUGUGCUCCAUCAGGAUGUCAUGAAUUGUCUUAAAUUUGUUAUCUGAAAAAUGUAGAAAGUAUUUUGUUGAAUAGUUUGAGAGUUGAGGAAUAACUAUCAGUCCCUGUUAACCCUGAAACUCCCAUGAGUGACCAAGACAGAAUUUCUCCUUACAGUAUCAAUAUGAUAUCAAGUAGAUACAACUAUAUUACUGUAAGUAAUGGGAAAAGAAAAAGAAAAUGUCAAUUAGGAAAUUAUUGGGUGAUCCAAAACCAAAUUCUCCCAACUACACCACCUGUAACAUCAUAGGAAUUGUACGACAGACACUAAAGAGAAUUACCAAAGAGAUCUUAGGAGUGAAAUGUUGAAAGUUACUUAUGAAACAAGGUGUACAAUUUUUUUUAAAGUACUGAUUGAAAAAAAUUAGAUUUUGUUACUAACUAAUGUCUUUCUGGGAUGUGCAUUUUUACAAACAGCUAGAGUGUGAAUCUUUUUAAGCUUUCAUCGAACAAUUAUUUUAAGGAUUCUACCAAAAUUAGCAAUAUAAUUAACAGACAUGAGUGUUUUUUUUGUUUAAGGAGUGUAUGCUGCAGCCCAUGAUUUUAAGACAGAAUGGGUGGUAGUCAAGGGCAUUAAAGACUUUGUAGAUGAAAUGAAGUCUUCAAGUAAGAAAUGGAAACGAAUUGCCUGUGUGAUGGCAGCAUCUGUUGUGGCCAACAUUUUGAAUGAUCCAGUCAUAUUCCAAGAUUGGCCUCACUUUAAUGCAGGUAUUGCUUCCUCUCUCAAUCUUGUCUUUUUACAAGGAUAG